GACAUUCCGACAGUGGGAGAACGGAAUCAAAAGACAGUAGCGGUAAAGUGAAGCUCAGUAUGGUGCCGUCGACCAAAGCUGCGAGGUUAGACCAAACCGAGAGUCGUCACAGCACGAGGCACAGCAUAAACGAGGAUGUUCGUGAACCUUGGACAUCUACACAAGUAGACCCCCUGCGGGCGGAAAGUUCAAGCAAAAACGAAAGAAAACGGGGCGCUCGUGGCAAGCCGCUUGCAGUGUCCUCUGGGUACUUCUACUCCGAAGAUGACUCCGCUCUUGCCCUAUCUCCGAUCGAAUGCCAAGAAGCGAGUGACAGCUCGACAGAUUCAGAAGACGUUGCUGGUAAGGUUGAGCAGGCGGGGCCAACAGUAUGGCAAUGCUUGAAACCUGCCAGCCUUGAGGAAACCGUGAGCGUGGCACGGUCCCUGAUGGACAUCUACCAGAUCAGCCUAGAAGAUUUGGAUGCUGAAAUCACGAAACAUCAGGGAGACAUCAAUGCAGUUAUGGACAGUUUGGACAUGCGAGAGUCAAACUCCACAGACGACACUCUUCAAUAUUGACAUUUCCUGCAAUUUUGACAAACAGCUUAGUUUUCAUGAUGAUGGUAUAUGUUACGGCAUUACUGAUGAAAUUGUAUUUAUUCGUUGUUCAUAUCUUGGAAAGCUUAAAUCUCUAUUAUAGCCCCUUGCUCAUUUUAUGCUUUCGUUUCAUUUUUUGCCAUACCAACCUUGUCUUGUAUAUAUUUUUAUCAAUUAAAUAGAAGAAAUGCUAUAACGGUUGUAUGUUGGUUUGCGAGAUCCUCUCCUGCACUUUCACCCCAUACCUCACAUCAACCUUGCCUUGUAUAUAUUUUUAUUAAUUAAAUAGAAAAAAAGCUAUAACAACAAUGUUUGUAUAUAUUGGUUUAUAGCAAUACAAAAAAUUGAAUCACGCCUGACAUAUUAUGUUUAUAAUAUAAGCAUGUUGUUUUUUA